AAUUUGACGUACUUACAAUUCCAUCCUCGUCUAGCAACCGCUUUUCUUCUGUUGUCUCUCUGCCGCGUCGCAGCCGCUUGAGAAAAAUGUACGGACAUCACUGCUGUUUCUCUCUCUAGAAAUGGCCAAUCGAAGCAUCAUGCGUCUCUUCCACAGCAUCUAUAGUAGCACACAUUUGCCAAAGAAACAGGACCUUUAUCAGAGGUUUGUGUAUGGUGUCUUGAAUCGAUGUCAGUCACAAUGGUCAAAAGUAGGGGAGAAGGUGGAAAACAAUGAGGCGAGGGAGGCGAAGAAGGAUUUGAAAUUGCCUGUGAGGGCUGAAGUGGGGAAGAGGGCAGAGCAUGAAUCUAGGCUCAGCAAAUAUAAUUCGGAUGACGACGAUUUGAGUGAUAGUAAAUGGAGAUUAGAGCUAGCUUGGCUCAGCAAGGCUCUUGAGCCUGCGUUGCAGUUGUGUAGGUGGGCUUUGCCAACAGGAGAGGGAGAGGGAGUUGGAAAUAAAUCUCCACCCAGCGGCCGAUCUCUUACAGAGAUCAUUGCAAGCAUUCAGCGAAGUAAGGUUGGCAUACAGGAUUGGAGCCUGAGUGACCUUACGGUUGGCUUAUUUCUCAUUUAUCUUCAUCAAGCAUCUGCCAAAACAUGUGAGGAUGUUAAGGGUGUUCAAAUCUGCUCUGAUUCAAUAGUCCAAAAUCUCAUUUACCACACUGAGUUAGCCAAAGGAGCUUAUAAGGAUAAUGCUGCAAGUCUAGCAAGAUACAGCAUGCUUCGAGAAAGCAAUGUUCUGAAAUUUGUCAAGAAUUCCAGUGUGAUGAGGCCUGGAUAUUACAUAGGAAUUGAUACUCGUAAAAAACUUGUAAUACUUGGAAUUCGUGGAACUCAUACGGUCUACGACCUUAUCACUGACGUUGUUACUUCAAGUGAUGGAGAAGUCUCAUUUGAAGGCUAUUCAACCCACUUUGGCACAGCUGAAGCUGCCCGUUGGUUCCUUAAUCAUGAGAUGGGAACCUUAAGGAAGUGCUUGGAGAAACAUGAGGGAUUUAGGUUGAGGUUGGUGGGUCAUUCCCUUGGUGGUGCUACAGCUUCUUUGCUAGCAAUAAUGCUUCAUAAGAAGUCGCGUGAGGAACUUGGAUUUAGUCCUGAUAUUGUUUCUGCAAUUGGAUUUGCAACUUCACCUUGUGUGUCUAAAGAACUUGCUGAAAGCUGCUCUGACUAUGUCACAACUGUUGUAGUGCAGGAUGAUAUAAUUCCUAGACUAAGUGUAGCUUCUUUGAUGAGGUUGAGGAAUGAAAUUGCUCAAACAGAUUGGAUGACUGUCUUGGAGAAAGAAGACUGGAGAAGUGUCAUGGGUUUGGUUACAAAUGCAAAGCAGGUUGUGACUUCGGUGCAAGAUGUAGCUAGUAAACUUGCUGAUUACGCCAAGUUCAGGAGUAUGACAGGUUCUUCUGACACGCGCUUUGGAAAGGAAUCUGCCACCACUCCCAGUAUAUCAUCAACCUCCAAGAGAACUGCAGAGAAUUCUGCUGUUGUUAGAAAGGAAGCAGCUGCCACUAAAGUGCCUGAGGAGUUGUUUGUACCAGGGACUGUGUACUAUCUGAAGAGGAAUGUGGAAACUCAAAGUAGCAGCAGCAAUAGCGAAGGUAGGGAAUUUUUUACACUCCACAGGCGGCAUCCUGGUGAACAUUUCCAGAGGAUAGUGCUCUCAAGCAACUUAAUCUCAGCCCACAAAUGUGAUAGCCAUUAUUAUGCACUCAGAGAUGUACUGAAAGGUUUACCUGUGUCCCCUGAUGAAGGUAGUUUUUAGUUGAUGGAUACAAAAUGUUUUUGCGAUUUCAUUGGCCCCUCACAUCCUACAGUGGCUACGACGAAGGGUGUGUGAAAAUAUCUUAAUAGAUGUAAUUCUUGGAUCAGAAUUAAUAAGGUGAUAAUUUUAAGAAAUCAUCAAUUUUUCUGCUUGGAGUUUCA